AUGACCGGUUGGAGAAUGCGGCCGACUGCAUCGGCGCUCGGCGUCAUCGCCAUUGUCUCCGUCAUGAUCACUGCCACGCCGUCAGAGGCGGACAGCGGCGCCAUCAGCGAGCCCAGUAUCAAUCAUCCCGAAGUGGACGAGGAGGAGCGACGCGUUCUGGAGGACGAGAAGAGCUCGAACCGAAGCAUCGUCGAUGAUCUAACCGCGGUUACGCUUCGUACUCGCGUAGAUGACACUGCCAGCGAGGGUCCAGGGACCGAAGCCUCUCGGAUGGUCACCACGGAUCACGGAAAUCUCGCGAACGUUUCGCGGAUGGAGAACGAGAUCGUGGACGAGCCGCAGAGGGAUCAGAGCGACGCGUUAUCGGUCGCAGUGGCGCCGAACGACGUGCUCGAGCUGGAAGUCGGACAGGCAGAACGCAACAGUGCUGAGAACAGGGUGCGUCACGCGAGCAAGACUCUGAUGGCGUCGACCCGACCGGAUCGAGCGGACAUGGCGUCGAGCAUCGGCCCAGUGGAGGCCCCGAUGCCUGGUUCGAGAGACGAGGAUGAUUUGGACGACGUCCAGGUGGACGACGAGGCCAUAUCGAACGUGGUGUGGAAGAUAGACGGAUCUGGCGCGAACAAAGCACUCAGAGACGAGUCGGUUGGCUUCACGACUGCGUCCAUCCGCUGGACCAUCGUGACAGAGGUGAGACCGAUCGAGCAGAAGAAGCAGGAGGAUAUCAAGGCGAUCUCGUUCCAAGUGCCCGCGGCUGCCGUGAAGGCGACCAAAGAUGGUGACGAGCAGCAGCAGCAGCAGCAGGAGAGAAACGUCUCGCAGCCGAAGAAGGAUCAUUCCAGACCGGUGAACAAUCUUCUGCUGACCGGCGAUAAGUCGACGAAAGUGUUCUACGAGAUCAAGCCGUCGAUCAAGACCGAAAUGGAGGGCGAUCCGAGUACCAGCAGCACCCCGAAGCCACUGUUGGGCAGGAAGUUCGUGCUGCCGAGCGUUGACAGCGCUUUCGGCAAGUUCGGACCCUACUUCGAGAAGGACGAUCAGGAGAUGAAUAUCACUGCCAGGAUAGGUACCACGAUUCUACUUGACUGCGAGAUCGGCAUGCUUCGUAACAAGGAGGAGGUGACGUGGCUGCAGCAGCCCAGCAAGGACUCCUUUCGGCUGCUCACCGUCGGCAUGGUUCCUUACAGCGUAGACCAGAGGAUCAGUCUCAACUUCCGGUACCCCAACAAUUGGAGAUUACAGAUCCUAUACGCAACCCCGCGGGAUUCCGGCAUAUACAAGUGCCAAGUCGGGACGCAUCCGCCCCUGGUUAAAACGAUUAACGUCAUCGUCACGGCGCCGGAGCUGACAAUAACGGACGAUUCCGGCCGAGUGGUGUCCAAAGAGAGGCACCUGAAGGCAGGCAGCGCUCUGAAGCUCAGAUGCGAGGCCAGGGACGUCAUCGAGUCCUUGGAGGAGUCUGUCAUUUGGACCAGGGGAGACGAGACGCUCAUCGAGGACGUUAGUGAAAAUAGGACGACGGAGAUGUUGGCCGGCAAGGAGGUGCUCGUGAUCGUGAGCACCCUGAUCGUAGAGAGGGCCAGCCCGAGGCACGCCGGAAACUACAGUUGCGUGGUGCCGGGAAAAGCCAAGACGACCAUCGCGGUGCACGUGCUGAACGGGGAGUUACCAGCCGCGGUGCACGACGGUAAUGGGGUCUCCAGGGCGUUCCUCAACCUGUGGCUAAUUCACUUAACGAUGAGCUACGUUUUUUCCAGAUGA